CCAUACAUUCGUAGAUUUUAAAAUGGCCGGUCAGACUGUGAAAACCCGUCAGGUAAAAGUGCCUUUUUCGUGAAUCACAAGUUCUGCAGCGUGGUUUUUUGAUAAUUAUCUUGCUUUCUAGACUGCGGCAAUUAUCGAAGGAACCCACACAGAAGUGUUUUGUUCUGCUUAUCAGGACAGAAUCUUUUUGAUCGUUUCACAGUUUGAGAAAAUUGGAACGUUGGUGAGUGUUGUUGUCUUAAGUGUUUGUUACUUUUUUUCUUUGAUAGCGGUUUCUGAUGAUUGGAUGAUUGAGUGAUGAUUUACACCAAGAUUUCGGAGCGUAAAUUAGAAUAAUUUCAACCAUUGUAUUAAAAAUAAUUUUGAGCUUCAUGUGAUCUUUAGCUGAUAUGUAUUGUUACAUUAUCCAUAAAACGUUUUCACUCUAAGAUCUCAUUAGUAAUCUUCCUUAUUGUCUUGCUUAAUUUUUUUAUAUCGUUGGAGAAUUUUGUUUUGGAUCAACUAAUAAACCCCUAGUUGAUAUUUUCCUGUAUUCCCAUCACUUGUCUGCUAGGUUUUGUAUUGAUGUUGUGAGGAGAAAUUAUGUUUUGGUUGCCCAAUGGGAGUUAAAGGGUUGACAGGAAGUUGUUCGAGGAUAUUUGCCGGUGUUGUUAAUCAUUUCAAACGGUCUGAUGGGCUUCUUUGGAUGUGAAGUUGCAGCAGGUUCCCUUUAAACUCCUCAUAAUCCUUUUGUCAUUGAGAACCUAAAGCUUUGAGUUUGUUAAUUUGCAUAAACCUAGUUUCUUUAAAAAUCAUCUGUUCAAUGAACAUCCUUGCAGGUUAGUGUAAAUAGGAUGUCUCCAACAGAGAGCUCAUCCAAAAGAGAGGCACAGACAUUCAACACAAGAAUACUCAUGGGUAGUGACAAGGUUUGUUCAAGUUCUAUACUGUUGUCUAGUUCUGCAGAAACUCCAUCAAUCUCAGAGGUGGUCAAAUGCAUCUUCUCUGUGGGAUAUGAACUCAUUGCUAAGUAAGUAGAUGGUAAAAAUUUAGGAAAUUUUCAAUUACAGAACACAGUAAAUUUACUGGUAACCAAUACCAAAUUCACUGAGCUAUCAUACAGGGAAAUGUUUAAGACUUCAUAAACUUAGCACGUUUUCUUUUAGCCUGUAGAGCAGAGGUGAUUUUGUUAGGAAAAAUUAUGGCCCCCUUCUUUUAAUUUAAUUAUAGCAGAAGGCUGUGGAGAGAAAGAAUAUUGUACCAAGGGGAUGGGCAACAGUCUAAAAUAAGGAGAGGGGUAAGAUUGGGGGAGUGAAGAUUUUCACCUUUCCUGCCCCCCCUCCCCUCAUCACCUCUAUCUCCAAAUCAAACAUGGCUGGUGGAAUAAAUUAUUGCAAGCUUCCUAAUGUUAAUUCACUCUUAUAAGAUGCCUGCACUGCAAGCUAGUUUUCUUUAUGAGUAUGUCUAUGUCUACCAGGCCUUAAAAGCUGUUAAUACUGGAGGGGAAAAAAGGAACAAGAAAAGACUGUGCUAAAAGUAACAUUUUCAUGCCCACUAAAUUAAAAGGCUAGUAAAUGCAGUGGUCUACCUUGUGUAGUAUUUUAAGGUGUAUGAAGAGAUUCACUCUAAAUGUUGUCAAUGAGUGGAAAAUUAUUUAUGAUUACAACAGGUUUUUGAUAGGAUGGACUGUUACUGACAGAAGGUUAAUAUCACUUCAUUCAUUGACUUACGUUUGUAUUUAAUUUUGAACAUGUUAUUACAUUGCAGGAAAUCUGGCAUGUUUAUGCUAAACAGAUUGGAGCCCUUAUAAAUAAGCAUGCCAGCAAACCAGUUCUUUUGGGUAUUGCCCUCAAGAAACAUUCACCACAGAUACUACAGCAGAUUUUAAAACUGCUUGAAACGAAUAGAGUCUGGUGAUAAAGAAUACCCGUCUUAAACAGAAAAUGUACAGAUUCCUACACAACAAUAAUUAUUGCAAUCGUUUACAAAUGAGUCUGAUAAACCUAUGGACAGUGAAAAGUUCCAAUUUCAAGCUUCUUACUCCAUGACAUAGCUGUGAGUAUCAAAACAAGAGCAUACAAUGCAGAAAAGCCCAUAAUCAUCGAUCUUGGAGCCUUUGAAUCCAACCAUUAUCAACUGUCAUUCCCUUUUAAUAUUUGUUUUUUUUAAGUUUCAUCUUAUGUGAAGCACUUUUUCUUCAUGAAAAUACAUAAUACAACUAAUAACCAAAGGAAAAUGUUUUGUUAAAUCAGUUAACAAUUUGAUGUAUAUUUACAGAUCUUGUGCUUUUUCCUCCCAUCUGUAUAACUAUUCAAACUAGUGCUUCUCUUUCUUCCUGUGAACAUUAUAAAACACUAUAAGUUGAGCCUGAUGGCAGCAAGUCGAGGAAGUCAGUGCUGCACUAUGAACCAAAUGUCAGUUGUAAUCUUUCAAUGAAUAGCUUCUAAACUUGGAUGUAUUUGACCAAACAAACUACAGAUAAUAUGUUUUUACUGUUUUGUACACAAUUUACAAUCCAGGUCUUCAGUUAUUUAACAUUACCACCAUUUAGACCACAAGUUUUGUGAAAUUAGACAAACUUUUCUUCAAACCAACCCUUGUAAAGAUUGGGUCUACCAUAAUCAUGGCUAUAGCUUUUGUACAAAUGAUGACAACCU